AGUUUCAGUUUCAAUGUAGCACUUGGAUGCUAACACCAAAUGGAUCGAAGUGAGAAGUUUUCACAGCAUGUGCAGCAAAUCGCACAGUCUGAACAAUUCCAGUCCCUGCUUGCAAAUCUUUUCCAAACUCAGCUGAAAUCUUCGUCUGAAGUAAAAUGCCUAUCCGAGGAAAAGGACAAACACGGAUGCUCAGGGGAAGAGUCAGUGCGUGGGGAUGCGUAUGCUGUGAUGCCACCCUUCGAGUUUUUCGCCGAAAUUCCCCCGGCUCUGAGGCUGGAACAAUUCUUUCGCUGUCUCAAAGUGGGCCAGUUAUUGGUUGGCAAAGUGCACAGUCUACAUUUCGUGAGCAAGUGUGGAGUCUAUACUGGAGUGUUGCUGAACCUUCUUUACAGCGAUGACACUGAUCCAUCGUUUGCACUAGAUUCCAAGCAAGACAGUGCAGCUACUCACCUCUGUCGAUUUGUGUGUGAUCUGGGCAUAAUGGUGCUGUGUCAAAAGACUUCUUUGCCCAGUCGGAAAAGCGUGGAUAUAGCCAAAGAUCAGAUCUGGAAAAUUUCAACCGUCGAAAUCAUAACAGAUUUGAGCCCUUCUUCCGAGUUUGCAAUUGUGGCUGAUUUCAAACAGAUUUUUAACCCAGAUAUCAAUGACGAAAACUUCGGUGGAAUUUCGUCUUCACAGAAUGGUCUUUACUUCGAUUCAUUGGCGCCUUAUUACAAGCGUACAACAAUUUUGGAAAAGAGUGUACCGGUUUCUUAUGACUCUUUCCUACACAAAAUUGUGGGUUUUUGUAACCCCAAAUGUGUUAGCUCUAUCCUCUCGAGCCCCUCCCUUCUCAACUGUCCAGACGAGGUCAAGGUCAAUUCGUCUCUGUGGGGUCAGCUGGGGUCGUUGUGUGUAGUUGGAGGAGGAAGCAGGUCGUCUCCCAGUAAGGAGAUUACAAGUAGUAGUAGUUCUACGGUCGUGGAAAACGCAGAGACGCUCAGGAGGAAUCAAAACAAUAGCAGGGCCUUGAAAAGUGUAGGCAAAGGUGUAGACUGUUUCAAACAAGAUCGUCACGUGGAAGCAAUGCAACACUUCAACAUUGCCCUGGAUGUGGAUCCUAAGUGCGUAGAGGGACUCGUCGCCAGGGGAGCUUUGCACACAAAGCUAGAAGUGUUUCCAGAUGCAAUAACAGAUUUCAAACAAGCGCUUACUCUCAAACCUCAGCACAGAAAUGCCAACAAAUACCUUCUAGAAGCAUACCUCGGAUAUGCCAAACGGCAAAAAAUUCGUGAAAACUUUUUAAAAUCGGAGAAGUUAUACCGAGAAGCCCAAGAACAGUUCGCAGGAGCUUCAGCUGAUGUAGUGCAAUUGAUUAAUUCUCUUCUCAAGGAGUUAGCCAAUACCAAACAAUCGCUGCUGGAUAAAAGAGACAACACAAAGGAGCAAACGGAAUUAUCAACAACCCCUUGUAGAGAAUCUUUGUCACCAGAGAAAAUGAUUGCUGAUCGCAUGUCGAGUGUGGAGACAUCGGUCACUGCCAAGCAGAUUCAGAAAUGGCUUAAUAAAGAAAAGCAGAACCUUAAGAAAAAGAAAAAGAAGGAGCGCCGCAGUGAAAAGAAUGCACAAAAAGAGAAAAGCAGCGAAGAGCUGAAUAAAAAUUGUGAAAAUAAUGCAAAAGAAGAAAACGACAAUCGGUUGACUAGUAGAUCCAGAGAUCGGAGUAAGCGGAAGUCGAAAGACAGGGGAUCUUCAGGCAAAAAAAGCAGAAGCAAAGAAAGAUCUCAUAUCUCUGGUGAAAGCCCAAAAGAAGACAAAAGAAGGUCUUCUAAUGAGAAAAGAAAUGGAAAGUCACCGGUUCCGAAAAGCUCAGAUAAAAAACGAUUCAAUGAGAAUCGACUCAGGAAACAGAGGGACUCCUCAAGUAGUUCUUUAAUGUCAAAUAGUGUAAAGAACGAAAGUGAAAAGAGCUCUAAUGCUAACAAAGAAUCUUGCCCGGUUCAUCCAAAGAAGAGUAAACGUGAUACACUUGAUGAUGAUGAAAGGAGGCGUGUGUCAAAUAACAGUUUGUCUUCGAAGAAAUUAUCUUUGAAAACGAGGGCGACCAUAAGAGAAGGCAAGUUUCCCUCAACGAAAUCCAAAAUUGACAGUGAGGAUCGGUCACCAGUUGUAACAAUGUGUACUCCUGAUCGGUCGCCAUUGUCCACAGCGGAGCCGAUAGAAAAAAGGAAUGGUUAUUCGUCGCCCGAGGUCAAGUUUAAAAGAACAAGCAGGUCGCGCUCGAAUAGUAGUAAGAGGAGCAACAAGAAACAGCGAGAAAGAUUGUCCAAAUCAGUUAGCAAAGAAAGAACUCAGAAUCUAUAUACGAGAUCUAAACUACCCGAAAGCUCCGAGGAUCGGAGCAUCUCGUGUGAUCAGCGGAAGAAAAACUCAGAUAGCAUUCAGAUUGCAAAGACAAAUGGCGGUGACUCUGACCGAAAAAAUGCGAAAAGAGCAGCGAUUGACAGAAAAACCAAACUGGAGAUCGUGCCAAUAAGUGACUCCUCAGAUUCUGAUGCCGGAUUAAAAAGAUUUCCAAAAACAAAGAAAGGCGAUAAAAAAGUUAACGAUAGAAAACUAUCUAGAGUUAGAAGUAGAUCUGGGAGGAGAAAACGAUAUUCAUCCUCUAUCUCAGCUUCACCUUCACCCAGCCGAAAAAGGAAAUCGAGUUCGAGUCGUGGAAGAAGCCACGAGAGGCGGAAAGAUGAAGGGCGAAACAGAAGAACACCUGAGGCGUAUAAAAGAGAAUCGGUAUACAAGAAACAUGAAAAAAGGACCCGAAGUCGACCGAGAAGAAGCAGAAGUAGACGAAGAUCGGAUUCUAGAAUUCGAAAACGAGCUCUUUCGCGAGAGUUCAAAAACCGAUCGAGCUCUAAAUCUUCAGCUAGAAAAGCGCGUAGAAGUAGAAGUGAUAGUCGAUAAACAAGAAAUGUUUCUUCAUUUCGCUCGAGAUUUCAAACCAUAUGGCCUGUUGUUUAUCUUACCUUGCAAAUUUGUCAGAAUGUAUGACUGAUGUUGUCUGUAUGUUUAAAUUAUGGUGCUUAAUUUAAAGUCUUUUGUUUGCAAUCAA